UAACCAUAUCAACAAACUCUAAAGUUUCUAAUGGCAAAAGCACGAAUGUGACUGUGACGCCAUACUCCCACCAAAGUUAAAUAACCAUUCCGCGAGAGUGGAGCGCUUAGUUUUGUUCCAACGCUUAAACAACGAAUGUGCAAUAUUCGUGUUUUUGCCAUUGAAAAUAUUUCCACAUUAUAAGUUUAUAUUUACGAAUGUGCCAGUUUCGUGCUUUUACAAUUGAAGGUAUUUAAGAACAUAUCAAUUUACAUUCGCGAAUGUACCAAUUUCGUGCUAUUAAUAAUUUGUAUGAAUAAGAGACUUAACUAUAUUAAUAAAGUGCUAUAUUUAGUUACAUAAAAAUGAGUUCUCGAGCAAAAAAAAUUAUGCAGCUUGGCCGUGAAUUACAUGCAGGUUCAGCUAAUGAGUUCAAGGACUCACACCUGGAACAGGAGCAUGAAUCUAAUUCAGAAUUCAUUUACCUUCUAGCGAAGAAGUAUUACAAGAGUUACAUUAAAAUACUUGGCCACAGCCCUCUACCAGUAAUGCCAGUGAAUUGGAUGAUAAGUUUUCUUCUAAUGCUCUAGGUACUUUUUAAUUAUUCAGCCUUACAUAAAAUAUUAAACAAAAUGUUUCUUAGGUUUGGUCUCUGCAAACACUUCAACAAGCGCGCCCAUAAUAGAACCAAAUAUUUGUAUUAAUCAACUUGAUAUUGAGUAAAGACCGCAAGUGGCGAACCUUGAGCCUUUCCCAUCUGCGGCUGGAGAUGAAGACUUCGACGACAUUCAGAAUUCCAUCUCAUCAUCUGAUGAGUAUGAGCCCUCUUCAGAAUCAGACUCGUCUUCUGAAUCUGACCCAGUAGUAGAAAAGUACUAUGAUGAAAAUGAACCACCAAUCGUUAAUGAGUCCAAAAAAAAUACAGUUUUUAAAAAAAGAAAACGAAAUGAGUCACAAUGGAAACGGAAUAUUUCAAAAUCCAAAAGAAUUAAAGGCGAAUCAUACAUUGGCUUUCGCGGGGUUGAAAAACCACCACGACCAGUGCUACCAGUUCCAUGUUUGGCAAAACCUAAGCACAACUGCAAAAAUGUACUUACAGAACAGGACCGCCUUAAUAUAUACCGAGAUUUUCGUAAUUUAAGCACUUCUGACGAUCAAAGGCAGUUUUUAGCGCUACAUAUAGAGCAGAAACUGAAAAAACGCACCACGCGAAACUUGGAAAACUCGCAAAAAGCCUUUACUUGUGUAUACUCUUUCACAGUUGAUGGAAAAAAAAUUUAUCGUAUGUAGAGAAUUUUUUAUGGCAACGUUAAAUGUUACUGAUGCUCUAAUGAGAAGCUCUCUUCAAAAGCAAACCAGUAGAGGAGUUUUGGAAAAAGACAGGCGGGGAAAGCAUACGCCUUCACAUAAAUUAUCUGCUGAGGUUGAUGCGUUCAUAAGAGAACAUAUUUUGUCCUUUCCGUCCGUAGAAUCACACUACUGCCGCAAGAGCAACGACCGAAGAUACUCGGAUGCCUCUCUAAACAUUUCUGUAAUGUAUAGAAUGUACAAAGAUGUCUGUAGAGCUAAAAAUGUAAAGACUGUUACCCUAGAAAAAUAUCGGUCUAUUUUUAGGGAAUAUAAAUUAAGUUUCUUUGUUCCUAAAAAAGAUCAAUGCAAGACAUGUCUUGCACAAAAAAAUAUAUCUGAAGAGGACAAAUAUGAAAAAGAAGCAACAUUUAAAAGGCAUUUGGAAAAAAAAGAAGCAGCUAGAAAGGUUCGAGAUGAUGAUAAAGCUACAGCAAAAGAAAAUCCCCACAUUUUAGCAUUUAAUUUUGAUCUUCAGGCCGUUUUGACUACUCCAAAAGACUCUGCUGGACAAAUAUUCUACUUGAGAAAAUUGGCGGUGUACAACCUAACUAUUUACAACUUGGCCAAUCAGGAUGUAAGAUGUUACGUUUGGAACGAAACACAAGGUAAGAGGGGAGCUAAUGAGAUAGCAUCAUGUAUUAACGAUUUUAUCAUGUCCCAUAAUGGGAUAUCAGCUGUUCGAAUGAUGUCUGACAGCUGCGGAGGGCAACAAAAGAACAGUAUUUUUGCAGCUAUGUGUCUCCAACUUUGCGCUAACCACUCAACUUUAUUAACAGUGGAUCAUCAAUUAUUCGAAACUGGCCACACAGAAAUAGAGUGCGACUCUAUUCACUCUAAAAUCGAGAGGAAGGCGAAACACAUUCCAGUCUAUACAGCUGACGGUUGGGCGCAAGUUAUUCGUGACUUGCGCAUAUCUCCACAGCCAUUUGUUGUCAAGAAUUUUAUGUUUGAUGACUUUUUAGAUUUCAAAACAUUUUCUGUAGACUCUUAUUGUUUUAGUAAGAUUCCCUGGAGAAAUGUAUGCUCUCUUCACUAUGAGAAAGGUGAGCCCUCAAAAAUAUCUAACAGGACCAACUUUGCUGAAGAGUAUAAACAUGUAGAUUGUUCUAAGCCGAUAAGCAAUCGAGGACGUCCGAAGCAAAGUUUAUUGCACAGAGCCUACCAACAGAGUCUACCCAUAAGUGUGUCCAAAUAUAAAGACUUAGAAAAAAUGUGUAAGGAUUAUACAAUACCCAAAAUACAUCACGGUUUUUAUAACUCUUUAAAAACAAGUAAGGAUGUUCGCGAUAAUUUACCAGCACCGGAUCAAGGAGAAAGUGAUGUUACGGAUUCGGAAUAAAACAUAAAAGCGAGCUGAGGCUUUGAAUUUUUAGUAAUAUUUUUAUAAUAUAAUAUAAUUUUUGUUUUUAAGUUACGUUGUUUUAUAAAAAAACUACCUUUGGUUUCAUAUUUAAGAUAUUUUGUCAGUACGUAGUAAUUUAGAUUCGUUAAAUAAAUAAUAUUUUGCAUA